AUGAACUUCAGUGAUAAAAACAAUUAUUGUGCCAUGACCUUUAUGUUCGAAUAUCCACAAUUUGUGAAGAUAUCAUUGGAUGAAAACAAAAUAUUCCCACAGUAUGGAUUAUUUGCUUACAGCGAAGGCCGCUUCACAGAAAAAUCCCGCAAGAUGUGGUUCGAUGGAGUGCCCGUUUUAUUUUUACCCGGAAAUUCUGGAAGCCACAUGCAAGCCAGGUCUCUUGCAUCAGUUGCAUUAAGAAAGGCAUUAUCAAAUGGUUAUGAAAAUCAUUUUGAUUAUUUUACAGUUAGUUACAAUGAAGAGCUCUCUGGCCUCUUCGGCGGCGUCCUUCAGAGCCAAACUGAGUUUGCUGCAGCAUGUGUGCACAAGAUUUUGAGUCUAUAUAAAAACCAUAAAUACACAAAAUCUGUACCAACAUCUGUUAUUUUAAUUGGUCAUUCCAUGGGCGGUUUGGUAGCGAAAAGGCUGCUGGCUUAUCCAAGUACGAUUAAUAAAACCAAUAUAGCUAUAACAUUGGCUACACCUUUGGAAGCUCCGAUUAUAAAUUUUGAUCCAGCUAUGAAUGAUUUUUACAAACAAAUGGAGAUUGAAUGGGAUAACUAUGUGGCUCCUAAUAAAGCUGUUGUAAAUAGAAAGAUGUUGAUAAGCCUUGGUAGUGGACCAAGAGAUGUUUUAGUACCCGCAGCUUUGACUUCAACAAACAAUAGUUAUGUCAAUGCUUUGGCAACUGCAGUCCCAGGAGUGUGGGUGUCACCAGACCACAUCAGCAUGGUUUGGUGCAAACAAUUGGUUAUGUCAAUAAACCGAUAUCUUUUUGAUAUUGUGGAUCCGCGGCUAAAUCAAAUCACUGAUGAUUAUCGACACGUCAAAAUGAAAUCGCUACAAUAUUUUACGGCAAAUCGUUCAACGACAUUAAACCCCAAUAUUUUACGCGCUCAAGUAAACAUGAAUGUUGAUGCAUUUUGGUAUGAAGAUAAUAGAAGAGUUUAUCAGAUAUCAAGACCGGAAAUUGACAAAACUACCCAUCUAAUGAUUCGAUUGGUUGCGUUUCCACAAAAUCGCUUUGUAGCAAUAGAAGCGGUGAACGUCGAUGAUAAAGAUUGGAUCUUUGGUUGCAACGCAAAGGAUAUUCACGGAUCGUAUCGAUAUUGUAAAACAGCUAGUUCACUUAGCGAGUUGAGUCGAUGGACGGGCGCUGCUACGGAUUUUGGAAAGCGUAAAGUAGCAACGAUAAAUUUACACAGUAUCAAGGGCGCACAGCCCGAUUGGACACACGUCAUUGUCAAAGUAUCGCCUACCAAGAAAUCUAUUACCCUCAACGUAGAUGUAAACGACCACGCGUCACGGCAAAUAACUGUCGACCUACCCUCUCUUCUGUCUAUUAGCAAACAUGUGAUAAAACAAGAGACUGAAGCCAAUAGCUUGUAUUAUGAACUCCUACUACCGGGAUUCAACGCGAUACACCAAGCUUACUUGCUUUACAUCGAGCCAGUAGGAACAUGCCAACCACCAUACCAUGUUUCUGCUGAAAUGCACGUUCCUUGGGCGAUGAAUCAUGAAUACUACCAUUAUUUCACACAUUUAAAGCGAUCACCAAUGAAGUUAAGACUUUUCAAAAGUAAUCCUAAUGCCACGUCUGCUGGUUCAGACAGUGUCAAGAUUACAGUUCUAUUGGAUCCAAAGUGCAUCUUUACUAUAAGUAUUUCAGGUAGCUGGUACUACCGUCUCGCUCAACUUGCGCGUAAUUAUACGCCAGUUUUGGUUCCAUAUAUAGCGGCCAUUGUUCUUCUAGCUGCACGAGCUAAUAUUUUAAGCUUGAAGGAGAAUGGUGUUUGUAUUUCCAUACACAACGCUCUAAUGAGUGAAGGUGUAAAACCGUAUUACGUACUGGUGUUUAGUAGACUUGCUACUAUAGGUCUUAUGUCAGUGCCGUUACUGACAGUGAUGUUGGAAAACACCGGUUGGAAGAAUAUGGAGAUCCAAUAUUUUACGCGCUCGAUACUAGUAUUGCCCGCGUAUAUGACAGCCCUAGGUAUAAUUAAUGUAGCCGCAGCGGCAACAUUAGCAGUAAUGGUAUUUUCAUCACAAUUGGCUCAUCGAUUGCUUUUUAAGAUCGUGUGGCGCGGUGGGAAUGGGUUAGCCGAAAAGGUAGCUUCGGGUCUCCAAAAAGUGCCGCUCGUGGUUAGUGCGGCGCUAGUGUGCGCCGUUCCACUGUCUUGUGGUGCUGCGGCCUUGGUAGCAGGCGCGGCGUUUUAUGCGUUUAUGCUAUCAAAAAUGUACGAAGAAUACUUAGAAGAUUAUAUCUACAAGCUGAUGGCAAAAAUCGGCAGUAAGGUAUGCAGGCUGUUUAAAAAGAAACAAGAAGUCAAAGGAAAAUCUAGUCUUAAAGAAAAUAAUAGUGUCACAAACGAUUCGAAUAAGCAACACGAUUCAGAGAAAACAAACAAUGAUGAGGACAAACAUAAUGACUCUUCUAAAGCAAUAGAAAAGACUGAGUGUCAAAAUGAGACAAGUCCAGAUGGAGUAGAAGAUGAUAAAGUUGAUGAAGAUCUCAAUAAUAUUAAUUUUCAUAUGAUGCUAUUCUUCAUGUGGAUGUGUGUAACAUUGGUUAAUAUCCCAGCACUGUUGACUUGGGCGAGGAAUUUUAAAUAUAAUCUAGUAUUAAAACCAGACACAUCAUACCACACUGGUAUGGUUAUGUCCGCAUGCUCCAGUAUUAUAUGGCAAAUGGACGGACCUAAGAAGAAAUUGAAAUACUAUGACUCAGUGAGCUCUAUACUUUUUACAAUGGCAGUGUUUAUAAUUGCUCUUGGACCAUUUUCGCUAUUUCUUGUGAACUAUGGGGUUACUUUUAUGUUUGUUAUCAUAACCAUACAACAAGUUCUUGACCAUGGGGAAAAGGAUGCAGUAGUCACCACAGAAGCUACUGAUAUAAGUAUGCCAGAUUCAAAAACUACAAGUUCUUCUGAAGAUUUAUCCACUAAAGUUGAUGAAUCGAAGUCAAACGAAGAGCUACCAAAUAAUGAUAAAUCUAAUGAUUCUCGAAAUACAAGUGAUAAUAAUGAAAAUGAAACUCAAGAUGAUCAGUGUGAUGUGUGCAAUGAGAACAGAAUUUACUCAACGUUUAAGAGACUCCGAGAUAAGUUUAGUUUUAGUAAUGACUAG